UAAUUUUUUAAACAAUAUACUGGAUGGAUAUAAAUAAAGUUUCAAACGUUCAACCACUGCGUAAAUUUUUAGAUAAAGUUGAAAUUAUGUUCAGGUGCAGUUUAUUACUUUCAGCUUUAUUAGCUGCGAGCAUAGUUCAUGCACGAAGCGUAGUGGAAGACAAUGAUUGGUGGAAAACAGCUACGUUUUACCAAAUUUAUCCAAAAUCAUUUAAGGACAGUGAUGGAGAUGGAAUAGGAGAUUUGGAAGGAAUUAUCCAAAAACUAGAUUAUCUACAAGAUCUUGGAGUCACAGGAAUAUGGCUAUCACCGAUCUAUAAAUCGCCACUGGUCGACGAAGGAUACGACAUCAGCGAUUUUAGGGAUAUCAAUCCAGUAUUUGGCGACUUAAAAACUUUCGUUAGGCUUGUAGAAGGAGCGCAUUCUCGAGGAUUAAAGGUUGUCUUAGAUUAUGUACCAAAUCACACGAGCGAUCAGCAUGAGUGGUUCAAAAAAUCCGAAAAUGGCGAAGAAGGUUAUGAGGACUAUUUUCUUUGGGUAGAUGGGAAGGAUGGAUCAAAAACAGAACUGCCAAAUAAUUGGAUCAGUGUCUUUAAAAAUUCUGUCUGGGAAUGGAGUGACAAAAGAAAUAAAUUUUAUCUUCAUCAAUUCUUCAAACAGCAACCGGAUUUGAACUUCUUUAACGAUAAAGUCCGAAAAGAAAUGAGGGAUAUUCUUAACUACUGGCUGGAAGAAUACGGAGUUGAUGGAGUAAGAAUUGAUGCUGUUCCUCAUUUAGUGGAGGCCAAAAACUUAACUAAUGAACCAAGAACCUAUGACCCUAACGCUGCUCCAAAUGAAUAUGACUACUUGGAUCACAUUUUUACCAGAAACCAACCGGAAAGUUAUGAUUUGGUCUACGAAUGGAGAAGUCACAUCGACGGAAUAUCCAAGAAUACUUCACAAACAAAAAUUUGUAUGACGGAAGCAGCUGUUGAUAUAAAAUAUGUCGUACCAUAUUAUGGUACAGCAGACGGAUCAAAAUUGGGAGCCCAUUUCUCGUUUAACUUUGUGUUGCUUGGAUUGGAAACGACUUCCACCGCUGGUGAUGUUGCCUCAUUGAUACACUCUUGGGUAGAUAAUCUUCCAAAAAUAUACACAUCUAAUUGGGUGUUGGGAAACCAUGAUAACCACAGAAUUGCCACCAAAGCUGGAAAAGAAAGAGUGGACUGUUUAAAUAUGUUAUCUGCUUUCCUGCCAGGAAUUCAAGUUACUUACAACGGAGAAGAAAUCGGCAUGGAAAAUGGAGAAGUUAAUUGUGAAACACAAGGUCUAGACCACGCCGAAAACUGUACAGAUUAUUAUAAAAUCUCCAGAGAUUUCGAAAGAACACCUUUUCAAUGGGACAAUAGCGAAUUUGCUGGAUUUACAGAUGGAAAAAAGACAUGGUUGCCCGUCAGUUCAAAGAAAGCUGAAUGUAAUGUGAAAGAUCAACUAGAAGACGAUAAGAGUCAUUUAAGUAUAUACAAAAAGCUGCAGAGGUUACGACCCCAAUGGCGUCAAAGUGAAUACGAAGUUAAAACUUUGGACGAAGCACAGAAUGUUCUUCAAGUUGUUAGGUAUAAUGAAGGUGGAUCAAACGAAGCUCAACUUGUUUUUAAUUUUGGAUCUGAACCCAUUAAAGGAAUUAAUCUUAAUAGAGGAAAUUCUUACGAAGUGGUUAUUAGCAGUAGUAAAUCGUCAAGGAAUGCUGGAGACGAAGUGGAUGGAAAAUCCCUAAAUUUGGAUGCCUAUGAAACUUUGAUACUGAAACCAAAGGUAUAAACAGCUUUUUUACUUUUUUGUAAAAAGAUAUGAUGACUGCCAGCACAAGAAUAUUUAAAAAAAAACUGUGUUACUAAAAUCAGUACGGUAUUUAUUAUUAGUAUUUAUUAUUGUUAAGAUUAUUUUAAUAAAAUAAACGUAAGAUUAUAUUAGGUAUUUAAAUUAAAUGUACAAAACUCUAUAUAGGAAUAUAGAUAGAAUAAUUGUAGAAUAUUAAAUAAAUAAGAAAAAAUAAAAAACCC